CGAGGCCCGAGGGAUGCCGCGAGGGACGCUGGAUCAUGAGUCGCGACAGAGGCAAAACGAACUCGGAGCAAGACAGCAUCUGGAAGCUUUUUUCCCUGGUAAGUUCUCUCCCAUGAGCAGACUCUUCCAAGCCUCCUGCCUUCUUUCCUGGUUGAUCUUGGUGAAUGGUUGCUAUUUGGUCCAGUUAUAGUUCAUAUGCAAACUUUUAAGCCUACAGAAGUUAGAUUUUUUCAGUCCAUAGCACGGGCUGAAGUUGGCUAAUAAGAGACUGACAGUCCAACAAUACUGUAAGUGGCAGCUAUGCCGGUGUGUUGAAGAGUUGUAUUCUGCUGCAUGAUCCCUUAUUACUAAACCGUUUGUAGUGUUGAUCUUCAUUAGAUGGAAUGGGUUUAGUUUCACUUGGCAUUAGUCAUUUGUCCUUGUGCAUGCUAAAUAAUGGAUCUUCCAAUAUCUACAUCCGGUAACAUUGACGAUAACGUGGGUAUUCCGGAAGAUUUGCGUUGUAAGAGGUCGGAUGGAAAGCAAUGGAGAUGUAGUGCAUUGUCUAUGCCGGAUAAAACCGUAUGUGAAAAGCAUUACAUUCAAGCAAAGAAAAGAGCAGCAAAUUCUGCAUUACGAGCUAGUUUGAAGAAGGCCAAGAGAAAAUCGAUUGAUGAUAGCGAUAUUUAUUUGGAGAGUAAGAAUGAUGAAUUAGAUCUCUCUCUCAUGAAUGCAAGCAGUGGGGAAUUUCCUACUGCUGUCUCCAGUAAAAGGUACAAGGAAAAGGUGCCCAAAAGCCAACCUUAUUAUUCUCCCGAUACAUUGUCAAUGAGAAGCUUGUCUAUCCGUACUCCUCAGAGAUCAAACGAUGAUUCACAAAGAGACAUUGCACAGAUGGAUGAUUACCAGACGAACUAUGCUUACAAGACAUCCCCUUUUGCUGUGGAUUCAUCUAGAAAUAAAUUUCAGAAUCUCUCUGAUGACGAUGAUCUAGGGGAACAAUCUAGUAAAAGCACCGACUCUUCUGAUGAGGAUGACGGGCCGACUUGUCAUCAAUGUCGAAGGACUGAUAGAGAAACGGUCAUUCAGUGUCUGAGAUGUGAUAGGAAAGGUUAUUGCGAUAGCUGCAUUUUUAGAUGGUACCCUGAUAUCUCAUUAGAGGAGAUCCGGAGGGUCUGCCCGGCUUGCCGUGGCAUCUGUAAUUGCAAAAUGUGCUUGCGCGGAGAUAAUUUGAUUAAGAUCAGGUUACAGGAGAUAGCUGGCCUGGAUAAGUUGCAAUAUCUACACCACCUCCUGUCUCUAGUUCUUCCUGUGCUAAAGCAAAUUCAUUCUGAGCAGUCCUUUGAACUGGAGGUGGAAACCAGGGCUCAUGGAAGCAGGACAGAUAUUCCCAGGGCUAAGAUUCACGCAGAUGAGCUAAUGUGCUGUGAUUGCUGUAAGACACCCAUUGUCGAUUAUCAUCGACACUGUGGAAAUUGCUUCUACGAUUUAUGCCUUGCUUGCUGCCGGGAUCUUCGACGGGCAUCUCAGGUCAGCAUCAAUGGAGAACCUGCAGAAAAUCAGGUCAUUGAGAAGAGCUCAGAUGGGGCCAUUUUGGCAAAGCAGCCAAAAUCAUCUGAAGUAUUAACAGGGGGUGAACAGCGUAUUGCAAAUGUUGCAUGCAAGGGUAUGUUAGAUAUAUCGCAUCUAUUUCCUGAUUGGAAAGCCAACAGUGACGGUAGUAUUCUGUGCCCCCCAAAGGAGUCUGGUGGCUGUGGCUGCCGAUCGUUAACUCUAAGGCGCAUUUUGAAAAUGAACUGGGUUGCAAAACUGGUGAAAAAUGCAGAGGAAAUGGUAAACGGUUGCAAGGUUUAUGAUGUUGAUGGUUUCCAGACAUGCUCUUCUUGCAUCGGGACAACUGCUUCCCAAUCCGGUGGGUUAGGCACUUCUAAGCUAUUCCAGUGCUCUCACAGGGAGGAUAGCAGUGAUAAUUUCCUGUAUUGCCCUGCAUCUCAAGAUAUCAAGCUUGAAGGCAUCAACCAUUUUCAAAAGCAUUGGGGUAGGGGUGAACCUAUUGUUGUUAAGCAUGUGUUUGAUUGUGCAUCGGCUUCUAUCUGGGAUCCAAUGGUUAUAUGGAGAGAGAUACGAGAAACUGCAGAUGAGAAAAUGAAAGAAGAUAAUCGGAUUGUUAAGGCUAUAGAUUGCUUGGAUUGGUCUGAGGUUGAUAUUGAACUCGGCCAGUUCAUUAAAGGAUAUUCAGAAGGGCGCAUCCAUGAAAAUGGUUGGCCAGAAAUGUUAAAAUUGAAGAGCUGGCCACCUCCAAGUGCCUUGGAAGAGUUUUUAUUGUACCGGAGACUUGAAUUUAUCAGUAAAUUGCCAUUGCUUGAGUAUAUCCAUUCGAAGUGGGGUCUUCUAAACCUUGCUGCAAAGCUGCCUCAUGCUUCCCUGCAGGCUGAUGUGGGACCUAAAAUUUUUAUUGCUUAUGGGACAUCUGAAGAACUUGGUAGAGGUGAUUCUGUGAACAAUCUCGAUAUAAAUAUGGGUGAUGUGGUUUACCUAUUGAUGCACACAGCUGAAGUGAAAUUUCAAGGUUGGCAGCGAGCGAAGAUUGAGAAGAUACAGAAAACAUUCAGGGAGUCCGAUGCAAAAGAAUCAAUAAGAGAUGAGAAUACACUCGAUACCAAAACCAGUUCUGAUGAGAGGAAUAAGUCACCUGAUUUGGCACCUAAUGAACUAAGUAAACAGACUGAAAGUGGUUUAGAGUUAAAUGCCAAGGAAGACGAGAUAAUGGAGGACCAAGCUGAUGUAGGAAUUGAAAUCACUUCAGGUGAAACAAAAAAGGUUGGUUCUUCCCACUUGGACAAAGUGAAUGGGGAUGUUCUGUUGGAAAAGGCUCGUGCUGGAGCUCGUUGGGACAUUUUCCGUCAGCAGGAUGUCCCAAAACUUAGUGAGUAUUUGAGAAUUCAUUGGAUCGAGCUCAGGAAUCAGGAUAGUUCUCAAAGCAAUUCAGUUGUGCAUCCUAUUUAUGAUCAAGCUGUAUUCCUGAAUGAUGAUCAUAAAAGAAAUUUGAAAGAGGAAUUCAAAAUAGAGCCAUGGACAUUUGAGCAACAUGUUGGUGAGGCUGUUUUCGUCCCUGCCGGAUGUGCCUUCCAAGUCAGGAAUCUACAGUCAUCAGUUCAGCUUGGUCUUGAUUUCCUAUCUCCCGAGAGCUUGGUGCAAUCCGUACAGUUGGCUCAAGAAAUCCGCUGUCUUCCAAACGACCACGAAGCGAAACUUCAGAUAUUAGAGGUGGGGAAGAUGUCUCUAUAUGCUGUGAGUUCGGCCAUCAAAGAAAUUUAUAAGCUGACACUCGAUCCCAAGAUGGAACUUGGAUUCGAGGAUCGGAACUUAACAGCAAUGGUUUCUGAGAACAUUGAAAAGAUGGCGAAGAGGAGGCGAAUCACGUGCGUAUGAAUCAGAUAAAUUGCGCUUGUUUAUAUGUUAAUCUGCAACGAAAUUGAUUGUUUUGUACACAAUUUGAUGUAAUUUCUUAGUUAUUAUAUCAUACGACUGCAUUCUUCAAGCAGUUUAUUAAAAACAGGACUACCUCAUUCCAGCCGCUGGUCCUUCGGGUGGAACUAGCCUCCUAUUCCUUAAACCA